AGCAUGAGCAAAAGGUCCCAGACGAAAAAGGAAAACUGCAAAAAAAAAAAAAAACUUUUAAUGGAAGUCACAAGUUGUCAUGCGUACUCUGCAUGACAGGAGGGAACUUCUCUUAUAACAGAACCACACUGUUUGUCUGCAUACUCUCUCCUCCUUAGCCGCCGCCGUGCGCACUUUGAACUGUAACUAAACAGCCAGGGAAGUCAACUUUAGCAGCGCCAGUUUAAGAGCGUCUUUACAUGGAUUUAUCCGGAUGACAGUCACGUACUACUACACCUAGGAUGUGUUUGUAGGACGGCACCAUGGCAGACGCACGGACUUUCAACGUUGUGGUUUUAGGUGUGGGCUUUCUGUUUAUCUUCACUGCCUUCACCACGUGUGGGAACAUUGAACAAACCGUGGUGAAAAGCCUGGCGAACGACACCUUCUCGGGCAGCGGGUACCACAGCCUUGGAAUCAUCUAUGGAGUUUUCUCCUUCUCAAACCUCCUGGCUCCAGCGGUCGUCGCGGUGGUUGGACCCAGAAUCACGAUGUUUAUAAGUGGGCUGCUUUACAGCGGGUACGUGGCCGUGUUCAUCGCCCCCUCAACGUGGUCCUUCUACCUGACCUCGGUGCUCGUCGGCGUGGGAGCAGCCAUGCUGUGGACGGCGCAGGGACACUUCCUGGUGGACAACUCGGAGGCCUCCACCAUCAACAGGAACACCGCCGUGUUCUGGGCGCUCCUACAGUGCAGCAUGUUGUUUGGAAACCUUUACAUUUAUUUUGACUGGAAUGGAAGAACAGAAAUCUCAGACAGCGGCAGGAGAACCAUCUUCCUGUCCCUGUUCGUCACCUCUGCGCUCGGCACGCUCAGCUUCCUGGUGCUGGGAAAGAGCCGGCGUGAUGAGGAGAUGCUCUCUGAAGAGGAAGGCCAGUCGCUGCUCUCCACACGCCUGAUGUACAAACACAGAGCACACGCCGCCGUACAAGAUGCCAAGUCGGAAUUCAGGACCAUCCUGCGCCUGGCGGGGGAUAAAACCAUGGUGCUGCUGGGCCCAUGCAUGGCGUACAGCGGGCUGGAGCUGGCCUUCUACAGCGGCGUCUACGGGACGUGCAUCGGGGCCACCGCGCAGUUCGGAGCAGCGGCUAAAGGUUUGAUUGGGAUUUCUGGGAUCGUCGUGGGCGUUGGAGAAAUCGUAGGCGGGGGCCUGUUCGGGCUGCUGUGCAGGAACAACUGCUUCAGGCGGACGUCGGUGGUGUUUCUGGGCAUGGUCGUCCAUUUCAUCGCCUUCUACUUGAUCUUCCUCAACGUCCCCGCUGAUGCUCCCGUAGUCCUCAGAACCAGCACGCAGACGAGCCCAUAUCUGACUCCGAGCGCCUCCGUGGCCCUGCUGUGCAGCUUCCUGCUCGGACUCGGGGACAGCUGCUUCAACACGCAGCUCUACAGCAUAUUAGGCCGCGUUCACGCCGAACAAAGCGCGCCUGCCUUUGCCAUCUUUAAAUUCAUCCAGUCUGUGUUUGCAGCCGUGGCGUUCUUCUACAGCGGCUACCUCAUGCUGAUGUGGCAGCUGCUGCUGAUGGUCGUCCUGGGCUUCGCCGGGACGCUUUGCUUCUUCGCGGUGGAGAGAAUACAGAACAUCUCCGUCGACUUUCAGGAAUAACAGGAGGAACUCCUACGUCUUUUCUUCCGUUGAGAUAGGAUUCACACUGAAUCCCUUUAAAGAAGCAUUUUAACAGUAUUCUGUGCUUGUGUUGUAGCUUAUCGCGCUCAGGUUUUCUUAUGCUGUUCAUCGUUUGCCUACAGUGAUACUGUGGUUUUGGUAGAAAAAAUAAAUGAAAAUGUUCCUGUGAUUGUGUGUCAAAAGGAAUUAACCCAUUUCAAUUUCUGGAAAUUGUAAUGUUUGAUAAUAAAGUUUUGUGCAUUUUGCAUUUUUAGAAGAAGAA